AGAGAGAGAGAGAGAGAGAGAGAGAGAGAGAGAGAGAGAGAGAGGCAUAUAUAUGUACAACAAAUGAUGGAGGUCAUCCGCACCAGCACCAACCCCUAUCUGAUGAUGAUCUUUUAUUUCUUCAUCUUCCUUCCUAGGUUGGUUUUCAUGGCACCAUGUCAUGUUGGUUCAUUAAGAGUACAAGUCUGAGAAGAAAAAAAAAACAAAACAAAAGGGAGGCCCAGUUCUCCCCACCACCACCAUCUCCUCCUCCUCCUCCUCCUCCUCCACCAUCUAGUGACCACUCUCCUCCAAUUGCAGGGCCACUAAAUACCAGAAUAUAGAGCCACACAAAGGCAAGGAAAACAACAUCAAGAAAGAACAAGAAAAAGAAAGCAGAGAACAAGUAGAUUUGUGCUACAUAUGACUUGUCAAGGUGGUGAAGAGAAACCCAGAAACAUGGCCUCAUCUUCUGGCUAUUGUUACUCUGAUGUCUCAUCUACUAACCCAAACAUUCAAUCCCAUGAUCUGUUGAACCACGAGUUACAAUUACAAAGCUUUGAGUCCAACAACGCAGAGAUCUACAACUUGACCACAGGCAUGGAGAUGAUAGGGUUUCCUCCACCAAAGAAUCAUGACACCGACACCAACUCCGCCAUGUGGAAAGGCUUCUUCGCCAAAACCAGCGGUGGCGGUGGUGGUGAUGGGUUCAACAAGCCCGAUUUCACACCCGGGGUGUUAUCGGAUAGUGAGAAUUUGAUGGUUGCUUCAGAAUCAACAGCUUGGCAUGAGCAAAACAGAUUCAUUGUUGAUGAUUCAUCUAUGAGGUGUGUGUUUCCAUGUGAAGGAAAUGAAAAGCCAAGCCAAGGACUCUCACUCUCGCUCAGUUCAACCAAUCCUUCAACUAUUGGGUUACAGUCCUUUGAACUCAGACAACAAGAAGAUGAUAGAUCAUCUGAUGGGUUAAUCUUUGCCAAAUCCAUGAAUUUUCAGCAACAUCAACACAUGAUUCAAGAUGGGUAUUUGGGAAAAGAUUCAAAUCUUGAUCAUCAUCACCGUCACCAUGGGGCGUUUCAGAUCAGGAAUUCAAAGUACUUGGGUCCUGCUCAGGAGCUUCUGAAUGAGUUCUGUAACCUUGGAACAAAGCAAACAGACCCUAAACCAAAGAUAAAGCCACCCCACAAAACUAGUCAGUGGCAGGAUGAGAAUAUAAGCAGUUCUUCUUCCAAAAAGCAGACUUUGCAUACCCUUGAACUCCUGGAGUUGCAGAAACGAAAAGCAAGACUGUUUUCAAUGCUUGAAGAGGUGGGCAGAAGAUACAGACACUACUGUGAUCAAAUGAAGGCCGUGGUGUCAUCUUUUGAGGCAGUGGCGGGCAAUGGGGCUGCAGUGGUUUACUCAGCGUUAGCUUCGAAGGCCAUGUCAAGGCAUUUUAGGUGUCUGAGAGAUGGGAUUGUGGGUCAGAUUCGGGUCACCAAGAAGGCCAUGGGGGAGAAUGAUACUAAUGUUGUGCCGGGGGGCACGAGAGGUGAGACGCCGAGACUUAGGGUUCUUGAUCUGAGUUUGAGACAACAGAGGGCUUUUCAGCAGAUGAGCAUGAUGGAGAGUCAUCCAUGGAGGCCACAACGUGGGCUACCAGAGAGAUCGGUGUCGGUGCUUCGAGCUUGGCUAUUCGAGCAUUUUCUACACCCGUACCCAAGUGAUGUGGAUAAGCACAUUUUAGCCCGCCAAACAGGCCUUUCAAGAAGCCAGGUAUCAAAUUGGUUCAUUAACGCAAGAGUGAGGCUAUGGAAACCCAUGGUGGAAGAGAUGUACUUCGAAGAAACAAAAGAACAACAACAUAACAACAUCAACGUGGCCUCCUCAGAUGACAACAACAAUGGCCGGAUCCCUGACCAAACCCAUCCCGACGAUCGAAAACCCACACCAAACCAAGUCGUUCAGAUCGAUUCCGAGUGUCUCUCUUCCAUCAUCAAUAACAACCCAGAAAAAAAUGACACAAAUCACACUAAAAACCCUCCAAAUCAGCCGCCUCACCACCCCCACCACCCCCACCACAGUUUUGGUAGAGUCGCCGACACGUUUAGUGCUGCGGAGUUGAACUUCUCAACCUACAACCACCAGGGUGGUGGUGGUGGUGGUGGUGGUGUGACUUUGACGUUGGGAUUGCAGCAGCACGGUGGGGGUGGGGUGAGCUUAGCGUUCUCGCCGCCAUCUCAAAACUCUCUUUUCUAUGGUAGAGAUCAUAUGGAAGAAUGCCAGCAAGUUCAGUAUUCAAUCUUGGAUGGUGAAGUUCAGAAUUUGCCUUACAGGAAUUUAAUGGGUGCGCAAUUGCUUCAUGACCUGGCUGGAUAGAAAAAAGUUGACAAGAAAAGCAUUGAUCCGAAGCUAAUAUCAGACAACAUCAAUUGAUAUAUUGAUCAUGAAUGUUCAUAUCAAAAGUCGAAAAUACUAAUACGUAUCGAUCGGUGUUUAAAAUCAGGUGAUGAUGUUUGAUGAUAGUAGAUAACCAAUUGGGGGAGCAGAUAGAAAGUGUUUGAUACAAUUAUAUACAUAGAACUAUAUAUAGUAGUUAACUAGAUAUAUAUACAUACAAUGAUAGUUACUUUCAUGGCUGGUAGUUAGUUAAUUCCCAUGCUUUUUUUAGUUGGAAGUUGGAACUAUAUUUUGUUUACUCUGAGGUUGAAUAUUGGAAUUUCCGUUGAUUUGAUGCAAGAA